AUGGGCAUCUCGUCGCGUUGGUCGGGCCUGCUCCCGGCAGACCUCCCAGCUCGGCUUUGGAAUGUCACCAAGCGCAACUGGCACCUGGGCGUCACGGCCUUUGGCGGGCCACCCGUCCACUUCAAGAUUUUUCAUGAGAAGUUUGUGCAGAAGCUGGAAUGGAUCGACGAGCAAGUGUAUCAGGAGCUUUUCAGCCUGGCACAGGCCCUUAGCGGCCCGGCCAGUACCAAGCUUCUCUACUGCAUCAAUCUCUACUGCGAGGGGACUCUGCCCGCCGUAUUGGUCUUCUUCCUCUGGAGUCUUCCUGGUGCCAUUGGCAUGUUUGCACUGUCCAUUGGCGUGUCCAACAUUGGCGAAAAGCUCCCCCUCCCGGCUUAUGCCCUUCUGUCUGGUCUCAAUGCCGCCACCGUAGGUUUGAUCGCCCUUGCUGCGGUGCAACUCUCCGACAAGGCCAUUACGGACAAGAUGACGCGCAGUCUUGUGUUCUUUGGCGCCGCUGCAGGCAUGCUCUACAAUGCCCUAUGGUACUUUCCUGUCCUCAUUGGAGUGGCCGGUCUGAGCACAGUGGUGUAUGAUUAUCGGUGGUUCCAUCGGCCUCUCCGAGCUGUGAAGAGGGUGGUCACGAGACCAUUCUCAAAUACACAAACGCAAUCCCGAGAUCUGGAAGUGCAAGACGGCAACGAUUUGCAGACACGGGCUGGUUCUCAGAGCACGGGUUCUCCGCCAAUGGUAGUGUCGACCACGGCGCCCGGGAGCCACCGGGCAAAUCGCACAGCAACCCCGACAGCGUCAAGGCCAUCUACUGCUGCCACUUCCGAUCUGGACAGUCACGGCGACAACGUUCAUCCCGUCCAACCAUCGGAGCAUGAUGAGCCACGCGUCGUACCCCGCGAUCGCAGGCUCAACAUGUCCUGGAAGACCGCUGUUGCCGUUAUUAUCUGCUUCUUCCUCUCCUUCACGGUCGUGAUGGUCCUUCGCGGCGUUCUGCCACACGACGACAUUUCCUCCCCACACAACGCUACCUUGCUCUACCGCCUCUUCUCAAACAUGUACCUUGCUGGGACCAUCAUAUUCGGCGGUGGUCCUGUCGUAAUCCCGCUGCUCCGCGAGUACGUUGUGGCUGAAGGCUGGGUCAGCCCACGUGACUUUCUCAUUGGUCUAGCUCUCAUACAGUCUUUUCCCGGGCCGAACUUCAAUUUCGCUGUGUUCCUAGGCUCUCUCACUGCAAUCAACGGCGGGUUCCCGGCUUUCUCAGGCGCCUUGAUAGCGUAUAUCGGUAUUUUCGUUCCCGGUAUGGUGAUAGCCCAUGGCUGUGUAGGCCUGUGGACCGUCUUGCGUGGUGCAAGGUUGGUGAAGUCGGUGUUGAGGGGAUUCAACGCUGCCGCGGUAGGACUGAUCUACACUGCUGUCUACAGAUUACUGCAGAUUGGCUGGAUCGACGAGGGCCGUGAGCAAGGUGUGAGCCUGACUAGUGAUCCGUGGUGGGUAGUUGUUAUAGCAACAAGCUACGUCGGUAGCUGCUGGUAUGGCCUGAGCCCGCCUGUGGCGAUACUACUGGGCGGCAUGUUGGGGUUGGUCAGGUACGGCAUCGUCUCAACUUGA